AUGCGGAUUUUUGUCAUAAUUCAUCCGUUUUCCAAAGCUCCGCCUGGCUGUCUGCAAUACUACCCCGAUCGUGCAGGCGCAUUUGAAUCGUUCAACUAUAACCGCGGCGCGGGCCCGUACAUCGCUAACCUCGCUUACGCCGUUUGCUUUAAAAGGACUCCUGACGUGUGUGGUAUUAAGUUUACAUCAGCCAGCUUCGACAUGGCGUACCGUAACGACGAGAACUUGUACCUGGAUACAGACUGUCAGAUCAAUCCGGUGACUCAGGGAACAGCGCAAUCUGAGGACUAUCUGUUUAUCCCUGAAGCCGAAACCGCUGAUGGACUUAGAGGCGCUAAGUUCUGCGGUACUAGUGCUUCUAACCAGAUUAUUGCAUCUACCCCACCUGGCCCACUCUACGUUCACUUCCACAGUGAUAAUCUAGUGACUGACGACAUUCCAGAAUCCGGUUAUAGGUUCAGCUACAACGUACUCAAUAAUUGCUACCUGAAGAAUACACAGAUACGAAUUUGAAUUUUAUAUAUUUUUUACACGACGAGGUUGUAGCUCUAGUGGAAAUUUACAGUUUAUUUUUAAGACUUCUUAUGCGGAGAAAUUCCUAGUGUCCCACUGGUGAAGUGGUCUCCUUUGGGAAGGAAAUUAUAGUGUCAUGGUAGAUUUUUAAAAAAUGCUCAAAAUUGUUUUUUAGUAUUUGAACUGAAGUACGCCAGAAUAUGCAUUUAUUAGUAAGAUUCUGUUUUUACUAUUAUAAUUGUACCAAGACUCAAGUUUGUAUUUUAUAAUUAGAA